CGGAAGGCGGUCAUCAUUCGUUUGUCGGUUUCGAUCUUUUGUUCUAUUCACAUUUAUUGUUUACGUUUUGAUUAGUGUAUAUCUAGAAGUAAUGAAAUAAUUUUUAUUUCAGUUUUUCUUCUGAAUUGAACACAAAAAACUAACUCAUUUGUGAAACGCUUUUUUUAAAAAUAAGUUAAUAACUACUUCAAGCAAGUAAUGUGCACAUUAAGUUCGCAAAUAUGGCUUCUCAAGAAAUAGUUCAUUCAGAUAGCGACUCAGACACACCACUACAAGGAUCAUUUUAUUCAUCUCAAACCAAUCAUCUAUCUCCACAACAACGGACACAAAUUUUGAGGGAUUGUCAUGUCAAAGUAAAAGAACUUGAGAACAAUAUUACCACGAAAACUCCAGAAUAUUUAGAACCAAUAGUAAAAGAAGUGGACAGAAUAAAUCAAGAUGGAACUAUGGAAGAGAAAAUUCAAAACUCUGAAGAAGUUGUCUUAGACUCUAAAAUUGUAUGCUCUGCAUCCAACAUUAUAAAGAAAUGUUCUGCAAAUCUUCUUAGAGAUUUUAGUAACUAUGAUUCUGUAGAAUUUGCUCAGAAAAUUGAGUUUACUAAAAGAAUGCCAGAUACAGUUGGUGAAGAAAAUAUUGACUGGUCCCUAUUAGGAAAGAAAAUAAUACACAACUUCAAUAAAACUGCCAAAUUUACCAUGCUUUUAGGAACCUUUCGUUUAAUUGCUAGAAAAGAAAUUAUAAAACGUAAAACUGUUAGAGUACCUCAAGCUCCAACAAAGAGACCAGAAAACGUAAUAUCUCUUGACAAAGUUGAGGAUAGUGUUGAAGAAACUGUAAAUGGUAUUAAGAAAAUCAUUAAAAAUUAUCAGAAACGGAAGGGACCAGUUGACUUUUUUGCUCUGGUACUUCAUCCUACCAGUUAUGGAAAAACUAUUGAAAAUAUGUUACAUACUUCUUUUCUAAUUCGAGAUGGUUUUGUUAAAUUUACAGUAGAUGAAGAAGGUAUACCAUAUGUGGAAAAUUGUACAGGUGAAAAAGAUCAAAGUAUCGAUAAAAAUAAACGCAAUAGAAUUACACGAAAUAUCCAAAAUGUUUUAUCAUUAAAUAUGCAUCAAUGGAAAGCUUUAGUUAAAGCAUAUGCCAUUACAGAACCAAUGAUUGAUUUAGAGUCCAAGAAAUCCAAACACACUACAUAAAACCCGUUGUAAGAUUGUCAGAUAUUUACAAAAAGUUCAAUAUUGAAAAAAAAAAAGAAAUAUAUGGAACAUGCCGUUGACUAUAUAUUCCUACAUAUUUCUAUUAUCAUAUAGGUUCCUCUGAUUCGGUCACUCGCUUAAGACGUAUUCUUUUUGCUUGUGACAGUGUCCAUAACUUUUAUUAAGCUUUAAAUUUUUUAUAAAAGAAAAAAAAAUGUUAUUAAUAAACGAAGUGAUUAACUAGAAUAAGUUUUUCAUAAAUAUUAUUUUCAUAAUGUAAAAUAUUACGAGUAACAUUUUCUACAAUCUAUGGAAUGAUAAGUUAUAAAAGGAUUUUGUAAAAAAAGAAU